AUGGCGGUCGAGAGCGACGCCUCCUUGGCAUACCACGAGCCCGACAUCGUGACCAUCUUGGUCCAGUCGUCCUUUCUCCUCCUCCUCAACGUCGUCAAUUCCCUCCUGGACAAGGCAUUGUAUUGCGGUCUCGUAGGCCAAGUUCUCCUGGGAGUCGCAUGGGGCACUCCUGGCGCACGAUGGCUCGGUCUCGAGGUCCAGCGCGUCGUGGUCCAGCUUGGCUACCUCGGGCUUUUGCUCCUUGUGUAUGAAGGGGGCCUAUCGACCUCGAUUCGGUCCCUGACAUCAAACCUUGCCCUUUCUUCUGCGGUGGCCGUUACUGGCAUUGUCUUGCCCAUCGUCCUGUCGUUUGUCCUGGCUCGUCUCAUGGAUGCCACCCCUCUGCAGUGUUUCGCUGCUGGUGCAGCGCUGUGCUCAACAAGCCUGGGCACUACCUUCACUGUCCUCGGCACGAGCGGACUGACCAAAUCGAGACUCGGCGUGGUGCUCACAAGUGCUGCUAUGAUGGAUGAUGUCGUCGGACUAGUCAUGGUCCAGGUCAUCUCUAACCUCGGCGCCAGAAGCACCUCGAUCAACGCGGCCACCGUGGUCCGGCCGUUGAUGAUUUCGGUUGCUUUUGCUGUUGUCGCGCCUUUGUUGUGUGUUCUCGUCGUCCGGCCAGCGACUACACGGCUCAGCGCGCACCGGACUGCCACCCCGAAGGGCAGACUAAACCGGCUUUUCAGUUCCCAGAAGACAGCUUUCACCCUUCACACGGCCAUCCUCAUUGGUUGCGUUACAGGAUCUAGCUAUGCUGGGACCUCUAAUCUUUUCGCGGCGUACAUCGCUGGAGCAGCCAUUAGCUGGUGGGAUUCUGAAGUACCUCAUGUGAGUUUUCCGCCGCGAGAAGGGGAAGAAUCGUCCAGUUCGAGGGCAGACAGUGCAGAAUUACGUAGAAGGGAGACCGUGGUCCCCGACAUGUCUUCAAACAGCGAGGCACCACACAUCAAGGGCUGUGGAAUUGUUAUCUACGACAGCUAUUAUGCUGCUCCUGUCAAUCGUGUUCUACGACCACUAUUCUUUGCGUCAAUUGGAUUCUCGAUACCCAUUACUAAGAUGUUCUCCGGCCAGAUCGUCUGGAAAGGGGUCGUGUAUACCCUACUUAUGAUAAUAGGAAAAUUUGCCUGCGGAGGCUGGUUACUGUCGUGGAGGCUACCUUUCCUCAGCAAGGUCAAGGCGUUGACUGUUAAGCUGCUUCUAUCUGGGUCGAAACACUUCUGGGGUAGAAGACCCAAGCAGCAGAACGCCACAACAACCACAGCGACAGCUCCUACCAACACGUCACCCUCCGAUGAAGCGCCUAGAGACGUUGUGGCUGUAUCGGGGCAGGAGUCACAGAUACCCAUUGAUCCGCCCGCUUCAACAUCUGCCCCGAGCACAAUAGCUACCACGGGCCCUAGUAGAGAUCCUGAUGUCAAUCCUAGGUCUCUCUAUCCAGCGACCAUCAUCGGGUGCGCGAUGACCGCACGUGGUGAGAUCGGGUUUCUCGUCUCUUCCAUUGCCAAGAGCAAUGGCAUUUUCGCCAGUGAUCCCACAAGUCAAAUCAACUCCGACAUUUUCUUGGUCGUCACCUGGGCCAUCGUGCUCUGCACCAUCUUGGGUCCGCUGGCUGUUGGCCUGACGGUCAACAGAGUGAAGAAGCUGGAACGUGGUGCGGUGCAGGACCGUCGUGCUAUUCGGUGGGAUGUGCUCGGCGUUUGGGGUGUUUCUUAA